UUGUUUUUGGCUAACAUUUGGGAUUAGCCAUUCAUUUGCCACGACUCACUUAGAAUAUAAUACCUGUGUGUGUCACAUUACUAGUAUUUUUUUAAAUGCAUCAUAUAAGGUAUGGUUUUCUGUUUCUUUUUUGUUUGUUUGAGACGGAGUUUCGCUCUUGUUGCCCAGGCUGGAGUGCAGUGGCGCAAUCUUAGCUCACCACAACCUCCGCCUCCUGGGUUCAAGUGAUUCUCCUGCCUCAGCCUCCCAAGUAGCUGGGAUUAUGGGCAUGCACCACCAUGCUUGGCUAAGUUUGUAUUUUUAGUAGACACAGGGUUUCACCAUGUUGGUCAGGCUGAUCUCGAACUCCUGACCUCAGGGGAUCUGCCCGCCUAGGCCUCCCAAAGUGUUGGGAUUACAAGUGCGAGCCACUGUGCCCAGCUGGUUUUCUGUUUCAUACAUCAGAGUCAACUUGUAAAUACAUUUAAAGAUUAUUUCAUUUGGAUAUCACGAAGAAAAACAGGCUUUAUAUUUUAGACUUUUAACUAAAUCCAGUUAGACCUCAGUUUUUCACUAUCAAAUUAAAUCCCCAUACCUGAAAAUAAGUUUAACAUUUUUUUUGCAAAUGAUCUAUUGAAUCAGAUUUAAAAUGAAGCAUGCAUUGAGUGUGCCAAGGAACUAAGUGGUCCAUAGCAGCAGUAAUGUUCAUAGGGUGCGAGAUGCAUGCUAUGAAACAGCAGUUCUCAAACAUUUUUAUCUCAAGACCAUUUGUUUAUGUGAGCUAUAUAUAUUAUUAUAUUAAGUUUUUAAAAUAUUUAUUUAUGGGCCAGGCAUGGUGGCUCAUGCUUGUAAUCCUAGCACUUUGGGAGGCUGAGGCAGGCAGAUCACAAGGUCAGGUGAUUGAGACCAUCCUGUCCAACAUGGUGAAACCCCGUCUCUACUAAAAAUACAAAAAAAAAUAGCUGAGUGUGGUGGCGUGCGCCUGUAGUCCCAGCUAUGUGGGAGGCUGAGGCAGGAGAAUCGCUCCCACCCAGAGGCAGAGGUUUCAGUGAGCCGAGAUUGCGCCACUGCACUCCAGCCUGGUGAUGGAGCGAGACUCUGUCUCAAAAAAAAAAAAUUAUUCAUUUAAAAAUAAUAACUUCUGGCUGGACAUGGUGUCUCACGCCUGUAAUCCUAGCAUUUUGGGAGGCCAAGACAGGUGGAUCACUUAAGCCCAGGAGUCUGAGAACAGCCUGGGCAACAAGGCAAAACACCAUCUAUAAAAAUUACAAAAAUUAGUCUGGUGCAGUGGCUCACACCUGUAAUCCCAGCACUUUGGGACACUAAAGCAGGCGGGUCACCUGAGGUCAGGAGUUUGAGACCAGCCCCGUCAAUGUGGUGAAACCAUGUCUGUACUAAAAAUACAAAAAUUAGCCGGGUGUGGUGGCACAUGCCUGUAAUCUCAGCUACUAGGGAGGCUGAGGGAAGAGAAUUGCUUGAACUCAGGAGGCAGAGGUUGCAGUGAGCCGAGAUUAAGCCACUGCACUCUAGCUUAGGCAAUAGAGUAAGACCCUGCCAUAAUAAUAAUAACUUUUUUUUUUUUUUUUUUUUGAGAUAGAGUUUUGCUCUUUCCCCCAGACUGGAGUGCAAUGGCGCGAUCUCGGCUCACUGCAAUUUGCGCCCCCCAGGUUCAAGCGAUUCUUUUGCCUCAGCCUCCCAAGUAGCUGGGAUUAUGGGCGCCCACUACCACGCCUGGCUAAUUUUUGUAUUUUUAGUAGAGACAGGGUUUCGCCAUGUUGGCCUGGCUGGCCUCUAACUCCUAACCUCAGGUGAUCCGCCCACCUUGGCCUCCCAAAGUGCUAGGAUUAUAGGCAUGAGCCACUGUGCCCAGCCAAUAAUAAGUUAUAAAACAUGAAACGAUUUAGUGAGAAAAGCAGCCGGUUUUUUGGGGGGAAUUACUUUCUGUCAUAAAGAAGAUAGAUGGGUUCUCAUGUCUUCUACAUUCAGUCUGUUGUGCAGUCACGUAUCAUGUAGACUCUGGAAAACACCACUGUACACUGGUGAAAGAAUGAAAAGAAGCAAAUAACGCCUUAGUAAGAUUAUGAAAAACGUUUUGACCUUCACAGCUCCCUGAAUGGGUCUCGGGAAUCUCCAGGGAUCCCUCAGGCACACUUUGAGAACCAGUCUAUGUAAAGUGAUGGUUCACCAUGAUUCUCGAGCCUUAGUUUCAGAAUCAUUUGGGGCAGCUUUUCAAAAAUGCCAUUCGGGCCACCUGCCACAAAGAUUCUGAUUCAUUGUAUCUGUGAUGGGUCUCAGAUCUCUGCAUUUUUAAUCUCACGUGAUUCUUAAGUAUGUGGUAGAAGUACCUUUCUUCAGGAAAUUCUGUCCUAAGCUUUUACCCUGAGAAAAUAAAACCUGCAUGCUUUCACCAUGGACAGUGGGGGAUUCCACUGAAAAAGAUCUUCUAGGCCACUAAGUUUAUCCUUGUCACCCAGUUUGCUCUUGAAAAGAGUCUGUUCCCUUUUGUCACUGAACCAAUCAUGGCAUAAAUUUGUGCUUUACCUCCUGUAGCACAGCCGAGACAAGGCUGGAAUGUUUAAUUAAGGUUUUUACUAAGGACUCAGGAAUAACAACAGGGAAAUAUCUAUUUAACUAGAUGACCUGACAUAAAAUCUAUCUUCUGAUUGCAGUCUAUUGUGAGAAUGCUGCUUUUCCUAGCUCCCAGCCUUCCAUGGGGCAGAAGGCUGUCUUUUUAUUAGGAAGAGAGGGAGGACAAAGGAGAGCCUUUUCCUUUCGUCCGUUACUCUUAGAAAUGAGCAGCAGAGCCGGUCGCCUCUCAUUCUGUACGAAGGUGUGCUAUGGCAUUGGUGGGGUCCCCAACCAGAUAGCCUCCAGCGCCACAGCCUUUUACCUGCAGCUCUUCCUGCUUGAUAUAGCACAGAUCCCUGCCGCCCAGGUGUCACUUGUUCUGUUUGGGGGAAAAGUGUCUGGGGCAGCUGCUGACCCUGUGGCUGGGUUCUUCAUCAACAGGAGCCAGAGGACAGGGUCUGGACGGCUCAUGCCUUGGGUGCUGGGCUGCACCCCCUUCAUCGCCCUGGCCUACUUCUUCCUGUGGUUCCUGCCCCCCUUCACCAGCCUGCGAGGCCUCUGGUACACGACCUUCUACUGCCUGUUCCAGGCCCUGGCCACGUUCUUCCAGGUGCCCUACACAGCGCUCACCAUGCUGCUGACACCCUGCCCAAGGGAGCGGGACUCGGCCACCGCCUACCGGAUGACUGUGGAGAUGGCAGGAACACUGAUGGGGGCCACUGUCCAUGGGCUCAUCGUGUCCGGCGCCCACAGACCCCACAGGUGCGAGGCCACUGCGACCCCGGGGCCAGUCACUGUCUCCCCGAAUGCAGCCCGUCUCUACUGCAUUGCGGCUGCUGUGGUUGCAGUGACUUACCCCGUGUGCAGCAGUUUACUGUGCCUAGGGGUGAAGGAGCAGCCAGACCCCUCUGCCCCAGCCUCAGGCCCAGGCUUGAGUUUCCUGGCUGGGCUGGGCCUCACUACCCGGCACCCACCCUACCUGAAGCUGGUGAUCUCCUUCCUGUUCAUCUCUGCUGCUGUUCAGGUGGAGCAGAGCUACCUGGUCCUGUUCUGUACACAUGCCUCCCAGCUACACGACCACGUCCAGGGCCUGGUGCUAACUGUCCUGGUCUCAGCUGUGCUGAGCACCCCGCUGUGGGAGUGGGUUCUCCAGCGCUUUGGGAAGAAGACGUCAGCCUUUGGGAUCUUUGCGAUGGUGCCCUUUGCGAUCUUGCUGGCUGCUGUGCCCACAGCACCUGUGGCAUAUGUCGUGGCCUUUGUAUCUGGCGUGAGCAUUGCUGUGUCCUUGCUGCUACCCUGGUCCAUGCUGCCAGACGUGGUGGAUGACUUCCAGCUGCAGCACCAUCACGGGCCAGGCCUGGAGACCAUCUUCUACUCCUCCUACGUCUUCUUCACCAAGCUGUCUGGUGCAUGUGCCCUGGGCAUCUCCACCCUCAGUCUGGAGUUCUCGGGGUACAAGGCAGGGGUCUGCAAGCAGGCAGAGGAGGUGGUGGUCACCCUCAAGGUCCUCAUCGGCGCCGUGCCCACCUGCAUGAUCCUUGCUGGGCUCUGCAUCCUCAUGGUUGGCUCCACUCCAAAGACACCCAGUCAGGACACCUCCAGCCGGCUGAGCCUUCGGAGGAGGACGAGCUACAGCCUGGCCUAAAGCUUAAGAGGGCAACUGUGAAUGGACACAGGAGCCAGCACCCUCGGGGCCUGACAUCACCCUCCCCAGCCCUUCAGCACCGGCCUGGCAGUUUAGCACGCGGCCUUUUUCCCCGGGAUGUGGAGUCUUCAGCAAUGUGUCCUGAAGGGACUGGCCUGCGCUCCAGGAGCCCACUUGGCAUUUCUUGUCUGUUGCCUUCAGACUAUCUCAGAUAGGCCUGUGCCCCUGACUAGCCCAGUAGCACUUGUCUCUAGAAAAAGGAAGCUCCUGCCCAACCUGGCUGUGGACCCUGGCUUGUGGACCAGUAAUAUCUGUGGCCCACCACCCAUUCAAGAAAACGUUACAGCUGGCUCACUGCAAAGUCCGCCUCCCGGGUUCACACCAUUCUCCUGCCUCAGCCUCCCAAGUAGCUGGGACUACAGGUGCCUGCCACCACGCCCGGCUAAUUUUUGUAUUUUUAGUAGAGACGGGGUUUCACCAUGUUAGCCAGAAUGGUUUCAAUCUCCUGACCUCGUGAUCCGCCCCGCCUCAGCCUCCCAAGGGUGUGAGCCACCGCACCCGGCCUGCCCAGGCUGGUCUUAAACUCCUGGCCUCAGGUGAUCCUACUGCCUCAGCCUCCUGAGUAGCUGGGAUUACAGACACAAAUCCCCGUUCCCAGCUCUAGCAUUUCUUAAGGACAAAAUUGGUGUAUAAGUCACAGGAAAUUCACAUUAUGCUGUACUCAUUCUCUAGUAUCACAGCCAUGUUAGAAUAAAUUUGGGUUUUCAAAACAAGCGUAACUGAACAGAGUAUAUAUCUCUAUGUAUAUAAAUAUAUAGAAAUCCUAAAUGGUCCCUGUGACAUAAGAAAUACACAUUUGGUCUCUGCCCCAGGUUCCUGGCGCAGAGCUUCUAAAAUGCUAGUAACUUACUGAGUGGUAGGGGUGAAGGGAACAUCUUUUGUUAUACAUAAUAAGCCCUUUUCAAACAGAUCUGAGUUUAUGCUAAUGAUGUGACUCGCAGAGGAUGGGGGCUGGUUGCCAGAGAAACCAACCAUGUGAUUAGAAGGUUGAAACUUUCAGCCUUAUCUCCCUACCGGGAGGGGACAGGAGCUGAAGACUGAGUUCAUCAUCAAUGAUUUAAUCAAUCGUUCCCAUGUAAUGGAGCCUCCACUUCCAAACGAAGGGGUUCAGAGAGCUUCUAGGUUGGUGAACACAUCCAUGUACCAGGUCUACUCCACUCCACGGGGACAGAAACUCUUGUGUAUGGGACCCUUUUAGAUUUCAUCCUAUAUACCUCUUCAUUUGGCUGUUCAUUUUAUAAUAAACCAAUAAAUGUUAA